AAAGUGACAGCAGUUCGCAGCAGGACGGCACCGGAGACAGAGUUCACGGAGCCAGUCACGCGACACGCACACAUUCAGCCUAUGUCAACAACACACAUCAUAUAUAUAUAUAUAUAUAUAUUUAAAAAAAAAACUCACACCGUAAGAGCAGCGGAGAAGAGCUCCAGUCCAAGUUGACUUUGCUGGGGGACAAAAAGUGCUCAAAGAGGAAACUCGCCACUCACGCGACACUUUGGCGGAAGCGGAGGCUGAGGUGAAUUGUUGCCAUGGCACCCUUCCUGCGUAUCGCUUUUAAUGCAUACGAUGUGGGUGACCUGCCUGCUCCUUCUGACCCCCCCAUUUGUGCCAUCAAGAUGAAGGAGUCUGUCAACACAGAACGAGGAAAAACACUGAUUCAGAAGAAACCAACUAUGUAUCCAUCAUGGAAAUCUACUUUUGAUGCUCAUAUAUAUGACGGUCGUGUUCUAGAAGUGGUUCUGAUGCAGAGCGCUGAACAGGCCUUGGCAAAGGCUACUGUUGGUUUGUCUGUGCUCGCCGAACGCUGUAAAGAGUCUAAGACCAGUGGUCGUGCUGAAUUCUGGGUGGACUUGGUACCGUCAGGGAAAAUCCAAAUUGCUGUACAGUAUUUGCUGGAAGACAGUGAUGCAGCACAAAACCAAGCAUCUGUGAAAGUUUCUCCUGAGGAUGGACUCGUAACCCUGAACAAGAGGAGGGGUGCUUUCAAGCAGCCCAGGCUUCACGUCAUCAAGAAUCAUGAGUUUACUGCCACUUUUUUCCACCAGCCUACUUUCUGCUCUGUUUGCAGAGAGUUUCUCUGGGGCCUGAAAAAGCAAGGCUACAAGUGCAGACAAUGCAAUGCAGCAAUUCACAAGAAGUGCAUCGAAAAGAUUAUUGGCAGGUGCACUGGAACUGCCGCAAACAGUCGUGACACAAUGUUCAAGAAAGAGCGCUUCAAGAUUGAUAUUGCGCAUCGCUUCAAGAUCCAUAACUACAGAGGCCCCACCUUCUGUGACCACUGUGGCAGUCUGCUCUGGGGUCUAUACAAACAAGGCCUUAAAUGUGAAGACUGUUGCAUGAACGUUCAUAGUUAUUGUCAGAAAAAAGUGGCCAAUCUUUGUGGAAUCAACCAGAAGCUACUGGCUGAGGCUCUCUCUCAAGUCUCCCAGAAAUCCUUGAAGAAGUCUGAUGGCGCCGAUACAAGCGAAAUUGGGAUCUACCAAGCCCUCGGUCCAGGAGCGCCUCCUUUUGCUGGUAAGAAUGGCAAAGUGAGCGAGAGCUCAAUCUCUGUUGCACCUUCUGUUAAGCGGCCACGCCUCACCCUCGACCACCUGGUCUUCCACAAGGUUUUGGGCAAAGGCAGCUUUGGCAAGGUGCUGUUGGCUGAGCUCAAGGGCCAGGGACAGUACUAUGCGGUUAAGGUUCUCAAAAAGGAUGUGGUUCUAAUGGAUGAUGACGUAGAGUGUACAAUGGUGGAGAAGCGAGUUCUUGCCCUUGCUUGGGAGAAUCCCUUCCUCACACACCUUUACUCUACCUUCCAAUCUGAGGAGCAUCUUUUCUUUGUGAUGGAGUAUCUCAAUGGAGGCGAUUUGAUGUUCCAUAUCCAAGACAAAGGCCGCUUUGAUCUAGCCCGAGCCACAUUCUAUGCUGCUGAGAUAAUCGUUGGGCUGCAGUUCCUCCAUUCAAGAGGAAUUAUUUACAGGGAUCUGAAACUGGAUAAUGUAAUGCUGGACAUGGACGGGCACAUCAAAAUAGCAGACUUUGGCAUGUGUAAGGAGAACAUUUGUGGAGAUGUCCGGGCCUCAACGUUCUGUGGGACACCAGACUAUAUCGCACCAGAGAUUCUCUUAGGACAGAAGUAUACCUUCUCUGUGGACUGGUGGUCUUUUGGUGUGCUGCUCUAUGAAAUGCUGAUUGGCCAGUCACCUUUCCAAGGUGAUGAUGAAGAUGAGCUGUUUGAAUCCAUCCGGUCAGACACCCCUCACUACCCUCGGUGGAUAACCAAGGAGGCCAAGAGAUUGCUUGAGCUGUUAUUUGAGCGAGAUCCGACUCGUAGGCUUGGCGUAGUUGGAAACAUCCGUAAACAGCCCUUUUUCGACUGUAUCAACUGGUCGGCUCUGGAGAAGAGAGAAGUGGCUCCCCCUUUCAAACCCAAAGUGAAAUCCCCAAGUGACUGCAGCAACUUUGACAGAGAAUUCCUGAGUGAAAAGCCACGACUUACCCAUGGCGACAAGAACCUCAUCGAAUCCAUGGAUCAGUUAGCAUUUUCUGGCUUUUCCUUUGUCAACCCCAAAUUGGAACAUCUGAUAAGCAAAUGAAAAGACUAAUCAGGCCGCCCUGGGACCACGGUCACUGAUUUAUUACUGUCUGUUAUGGGCAUUAGCUUAUAUGAAGUCAUCGUCAUGGUUGAAUUUUACUGAAUACCUCAUUAAGAGGAUAAAACUAUACAUUUAAUUAAGGGACAUACUUCAAAUACCAUUUUAACUAUAAUCAAAACUGAAGGGGUAUUUUUUAUUGUUUGUGUCAUUGUUUUGCCCAUGUAAUCACUCCACACUCAAUAAUCUAUGUACUGUAUCUUAAAAAUGGCAUUCGAAAACAAAAUAUGAAAUGCAUCUAUGUCUAAAUUAUAGUACUACUACUACUACUGCUAAAUAUCUGAUGAAUAACAAUUCCCCAGCCAAUUAAGUCACAUCCUGAUAUCCUGCACUGACUUAAAUAUUAGAGAUGUUGUAAACAAGCUGAACAUUGUAAAUACAAAAUAUUCUAAGAACAAAAUGAUUCAAUUAAUUUAUUCUUUGUCACUUUUCAGCUGUGUUAAACUUGCACAUGUUGAUGAAAUUAAGCAAAACCAAUCAGUGGUGGAUAAAAUUGUAUACUACUACCUGUGGUUAAGAUGUAUUUGUAUUUGUUGUGGAAUGAGCAUUAUGAACUAAAUGUGGACAAAGUGCUUCCUUUGAAUUAAAGGUGUACUUUUAUAAUGAUUCUUUUACAUACAGUAAAAUUAUGAAUAAACAGUUCUUUAUCCA